CUAUUCCAUUCAAUAACAAAAUAAUGUUAUCAUUACUAAGUCGUCAUGUAUCUCAAGCUUGUAGUAAGUUUUAUGGCUUUGAGCUUUAUAUUAUGCAAAAUUGCAGCAAAGCCAAAUCAUAAUUUUCCUACACAAUCCAGAAUAAAAAGGACACCAUAUAAUUUGAAUCCCGCGAUUCCAGAUGAAUCCAUAUGCGGUAAUUCGGUUUAUGCCAAUGAAGUAAGAGGAUACCGAUCUGCAUUUAUUGGAGAGUUUCCUUGGGUAGCCAGAAUUCAGUUCGAACAAACUAAAGGACUUUUUCCAUGCGAAGGAGCUUUAAUAAAUUCGAGAUAUGUUGUGACAACUGGUAUGUGUACAACAUUUAAACGGUUUGGAAAUAUAGUCAAAAUCAGAUUGGGUGAUCAUAAUUGUCAAAAUAAUUACAUAGCCUGUAAAACUGAAUACAUUGAUGUGGGACCCGAAGAAAUAAUCACACACAGAGACUAUUAUAUAGAAGAAGAGCAUCAUAUACCUAACAACAUUGGUCUAAUAAGAUUGGACAGAGAAAUACAUUAUUCUGACACAGUUCAACCGAUCUGUCUUCCAAAACCUGAAGAGGCACCGCUCAAAGUGGGAGAACUCGUAAUCGAAAGUGGAUGGUUUUCCAAUUACCGUAAUUCAGAUGAUAAAAUUCUUGCAGAAUUUUAUAUUGUACCAUUAGAAGACUGCAUAGAAUUUUACAAAAAACGAAAUGCUUCUGUGCUUGAAAGCAAUAUUUGUGCCCAAGGAGCGAACAAUUCAUUGUGUGCAACCUGCACGGGUGGCCCACUAACGCAGAGAAGGGGAUCGCGAAAGUGGUAUUUAGAAGGUAUACUGUCUUUCAGCUCUUUUAUCUGCGGUAACAUUUCCUUUCCAAGUGCUUAUACUGAUGUACGAUACUAUCUGGAUUGGAUACAUACCAAUGUAAGAAACUAAUUAUCAGAAACGAAAUAUUCUAUAAUUACAACAUUUUUAUCAAGUGUCAAACAAUAAUUUUUAUAAUUAAUUUAUAUGUAUUACAAUAUUAUAAUGAGACUAUUUAAAUAAAAUGGUGUUUUAUU